AUGAGUAUUGAAAACGGCAAAGGUAACAGCUUAUACCCCGAUAUCCAUGAAGGAAAAUCGGAGUCGUCGUCAUCGAAAAAAUUCAUGGACCACGGACCGGAAGAUUUAGCUCUAGUUGUGAAGGCGGCCGAUUUAGCUGCAAGACGGCAUCGUCAUCAGAAGCGUAAGGAUCAUGCUGGUACACCGUACGUGAAUCAUCCCAUU